AUGGAUAUUGAUCAAAUAGGUAACGGAGAAAUUUAUAAAUCAUCAGUUUUAUCUGAUAUCGUGCCAUCAUCAACGACAGCAAUUGCACAUUUGAUUAAUAAUCCAAUUGAUGAAUGCCAGAUUACUCCAUUACUAUCCUCGUCAACUCGUGAUAGUGGGUGUUAUUCAUCUACAGCAGCAGAAGAAUGGUAUUUAAUGCAACCACACCUGUCAAUGACAAAUAACAAUAAAAAUAAUCAAAAACAAAAUGACAAACAAAGAAAAUCAUCAACACGCCUAGAACGUUAUAAUUCUAGUCGUUGUUCAUCAGAAAGUGAACCAUAUGAUAAAAUAAUAAUAAAUGUUAGUGGCUUACGUUUUGAAAGUCGUGCAUCAACUUUACAACGUUUUCCACGUACAUUACUUGGUGAUAAACUACGACGUGCUGAUUAUUUCGAUUAUAUGAAUAAUGAAUAUUUUUUUGAACGACAUCGUUCAUCAUUCGAAGCUAUUCUUUAUUUUUAUCAAAGUGGUGGACGUUUAACACGACCAGAAAGUAUUUCGGCAGAAAUUUUCUUGGAAGAAAUUAAAUUUUUCGAUCUUGGCGAUGAAGUUCUUAAACGAUAUCGUAAACAAGAAGGUUAUGUUGAAGAAAUUCCUGUUGAAAGACCUGUCAAUCAUAUACAACGUAAAGUAUGGGAAGCUUUUGAAUGUCCUGAAUCAUCAAAUGUGGCACGCGUCAUUGCAAUUAUAUCAAUUGUUAUGAUUAUUGUAUCAAUAGCAUCAUUUAUCAUUGAAACACUUCCAUCAAUACGUAAUGAAAUGACAGCACCAUCCAUAACAGUAAUGAAUAAUAUAACCAAUGAACAAGAAAUUCUACCGGGCGGUGAAACAAAAAUGUUUUGGCUAUUUUUUAUUAUUGAAACAAUAUGUGUAACAUGGUUUUGUUUAGAACUGAUAUGUCGAUUUUUUGUAGCACCGUCCAAAUUUGCUUUUAUUAAAAAUGGACCGAAUAUUAUUGAUGUUGUAUCUAUAAUACCAUAUUUUUUACAAUUAAUUGGUUUAAUCUAUCAGAACAAAGAUAGUGGAGUAUCAGGCUUUUCAUCGACAUUAACAGUGUUAAGAAUUAUACGACUUGUACGUGUCUUUAGAAUAUUUAAAUUAUCAAGACAUUUCAAGGGUUUACAAGUGCUUGCCUUAACCUUUUUAGCAUCAUGGAAAGAAUUACUGCUAUUAAUGUUUUUUCUUUUUAUUAUUGUUGUUGUUUUCUCAUCGUUUAUGUAUUUUGUUGAAGCUGAUUAUACACAUGUAACACCAUUAAAACCUUCACCUUCUACAUUAACAACAUCAUCAGUAACAACAGUAUCAUAUCUACCAUCAUCUAUGAGUAGUCUUUCAGAUGUUGAUGUAAAUCAACCUACAACAACACAAAGUACAAAUCAAUUUUUAUCCAUACCUCAUUCAUUUUGGUUUGCAAUUAUUACAAUGACAACUGUAGGUUAUGGUGAUUAUGUACCAAGAACAAAUUUAGGUAAAGUUAUCGGUGCAAUAUGUGCAUUAACCGGUGUAUUAACAAUUGCAUUACCUGUACCUAUAAUAGUAUCUAAUUUUACAUAUUUUUAUCAACGACAAUUGGAAGAUACUGAACGACAGUAUCAAGCAAGUCAACGAGCACAAGCAGGUCAACAAGAUCAUGAUAAAAGUCAAUUUGGUGUAAAUAAUGACAAAGAUCAUGGUCCUGAAUAUAAUGAAUGGGAGACAAUACUCAAUGAACCUGAUUAUUCUGACUAUCGUGACAUAACACAUGCUGUUACAAAACGUUUAGUACGUAAUGCUUAUUUUAAAGCAUUUCGUGGUUCAAAAAAAAUGUCUCCAGCUAUGCGCUAUCAAAAUUUAUCACCAUCCUCACCACCACAUCAAGUAUCGCAUAGAAUUUAUCAAGCUAAUGAUGAUAGAAAUGGUUCUCGACAUCAAGGAAGUCAAGUUUCUGCUGAUAGUUGUCUGUCAACAUCAAUUGAAUUUUCUUAUCAUCUUGUUAAAGAUACAUCAUCACCAACAUCAUUUUCUAUUGAUACACGUAAUGGUCGAAUAACUGUAACAAGAGAAUUAGAUCGAGAAAUUCAAUCAUUCUAUAAAUUUUAUGUUGAGUCAUUUAAUCAUAAAAAUCAUCAAACAAGUCAAACUGAAGUUCAUAUAAAUAUACUUGAUGAAAAUGAUCAUUAUCCAAUAUUUGAUAAUUCAUUAAAUAAUGCUCGUGAACAAUACAUUUAUAUAAAUAAAUCUUUAUCAUUAUCACGUCGUCAUGAAACCGAUCAAACAACAAAUAAUAUAUUUAUUGCACGUAUAUAUGCAACUGAUGAAGAUGAUGGUUCAAAUGGUGUUGUUAAUUAUUAUUUUACAAAUAAUGAUAAUUAUGCUUUUUUUCAUUUAUAUUCAAAUGGUUCAAUUGUACUUUAUAAUCAAAAUAAUCUUCAAUUACCAUAUCGUCUUGAGAUUUGUGCACGCGAUCAAGGUAAUCCAAAACCACAAAAUUCAAAAGAUAGUAUUGUUAUAUAUAUAUGUGAUGGUUUAAAACGAGAGGAAUGUCCAUCAGAUGAAUCUUAUCAACAACAUCAAGAAUGGUUAUAUUCUUAUGAUAAUAAUAAUAAUAAUCAAUAUAAAACAAAUCCUUCAACAACAAAUUUUUAUCUUGGAUCAGUAUUUAUAAUGAUAUCAAUACUUUUAUGUAUUGUUAUUAUUAUUUUUUGUAUUGUUUGGAAUUUAAUUAUUAGAAGACAUUUAAAAAGUAAACAUGAACAAAUGCAUAAUAAUGGUUUAAAAUCACCAACUGAAUCAUAUAAUUGUCGAAUGGAAGCACGAAAAAAUCUACUUGUUUCGGAUAGCCUUUGUGAUUCAUCGCCAAUAAUUGAUGGUAAUCAUCGUUUAAAAUCUGUAGCUGUAUAA